GAACAGAGUCAGGACAAAAGACUGCUGUGCUACAGACAGAGAAAGGCGAACUCUCAGGAGGACCGAACCCAACAAUGUCUGACUUCAAGAUCCAAUCUGUUCUCAUCACUGGCUCAAGCAGGGGGAUCGGACUGGAAUUUGUACAACAAUUCCUGAAGAGCCCAAAUCCUCCACAAAAGAUCUUUGCUGCAUGCCGGAAUCCUGACGGACCACAGAGCCAGGCACUCAAGGACUUGGCUGAAAAACACCAGAGUGUUAUAGUUGUUCAAAUAGAUGUCACGCAUCCUUCAAGUGUUAAUGCAUCUGUAAAAGAGGUGGAGAAACAUCUAAAUGGACAGCCUCUGGACCUGCUGUUCAACAAUGCUGGAGUUUUUGCCCACAACAGCUUGGAGUCCGAGACUUCUGAGGACAUGUUGAAUGUCUAUAACAUAAAUGUAGUGGGCCCAAUGUUAGUGACCCAGGCAUAUCACCGGCUGAUGAAGAGAGCAGAAGGCACUGGGAAGUCAGCUAUUGUCCACAUCUCUGCAUUGCUGGGAUCUCUGGAAGAUGUUCCUCAUCUUUUUAGUCACUUUCCAGUUAUUGCUUACCGCUGUAGUAAGGCAGCUCUAAACAUGCUCUCAAGAUGCCACUCGGUGGGAUACAAGCAAGAUGGUAUCAUCUCAAUUGCUAUACAUCCAGGAUGGGUGAAGACAGACAUGGGUGGUGAUCAGGCACCACUCACAAAAGAAGACAGUGUAGGCGCUAUGAUGAAAAUCAUCUAUUCCCUGAGUGUGGAACAAAGUGGCACUUUUGUGGACUGGGAAGGAAAAGUCAUUCCAUGGUGAUCCAAGUAAAGAAGAAGACAAGGACUGCAUCAUACUUGCUUGAAUAUGUUUUUUGUUACUACAAUCUAUUUGUACAAGCUGUUUUUGUACAUUGCAGGCACUGUGUGAUUGGAUAUCUACAGCUGUGAGGAAAAGACUGUAAAUCCUUA